AUGAAUGCUUUAUUUUGUACAUUUAUGCUUAUCAGAUAUUUUUGCAACAAUGAUGUGGCGUUCCAGUGUGGAGAUACGUCGUGUUUAUCUGAACGACUGGUUUGUGACGGACAUGUGGAUUGUGUGGACGGUGCAGAUGAAAGAAAUUGCAGUCAAAUCUAUAAAACGUGUGAUGAUAUAUGGAGAGAUGGUUUAACGAAGGAUGGAAUUUAUACUAUAGGCGAAGGAUUUAAAGUACGUUGUACCUUCAACAGAACAACUGGUUUUAUAACUAUGAAAUUUCUCACCAGUGACUGGAGGAGGUACAGCAAUACAAACACAUUCUCGGUUGAUCCGCCAAGUAAUUCUGUGAUCAACGAUGCUACCCAACACGGUUAUAUCUGCUCGCAAAAGUACUUUGAACGUUUUAAAAGGGGAAAGGAACGAGUUAUGGCAUUUGACAAUGAGUUUUCGAAUGAAACAAUUACUUCAAGUGGAGAGAGAAUAAGAUAUCUAAACAUCUUUAGACGGCAAGAGUUGUUUUGUAUUAUUUAA